UUAUUUUUGCGGGAUGUUGAACGUGGUGAAAUAAAAAUAACGCUCCAAGGUUAGUUAAAUUGAUGCCAUCUUUGGACUGCAGUGUCACAUGAAGAUGUCUUCACUGGUGGCCUAUGAUGAUUCAGAGUCAGAGGAUGAAUCAUCUGAACAGAAGGAGGAAAGCACAUCAGCUCCUGUCCAAACAGCAACAUCCUGUGAGAAAACCCAAGAAGCUGCAAAUAGUAUUAUUUUCAAAGAAUCUGUAACUUUUGCCUCUGACCAGAAACUUUUACAAUCAGAAGAAAGCAGUUCUUCAUCYCAUUUUCCUUCUCAGCCACAACCUUGUACGGACUGGGAGCGAAAAUCMUGGAGUGAAAGUGCAGCUCCUCUGCAUUUACCUGCAACUCAGGGAGAAGCUGUACCCCUGCAGACUCCUUCAUGCAUUCCAAGCAGCUUCAGUGAUGGACCCAGUCCAGCAAAAAGACUACCAGCUGUCGUGUCUGGUGUUAGACCYUAUGUCCCUAAGAGGCAGAGACUUUCAGUGGAGACACCGAGCCCAAAGUGCCCAUCGGAGCAAGUCCAGGGAGAUCYGAGCAGGAAAAGUCAAAUUCUCUCAGAUGUGCCGUCACGACUGAAGCCGUAUCUCGGUGAAAAGCCCAGAGCAGCAGGGGUAACGAGGAAACUUCAAAUGAGCCUGGAAGGCCACCAGGGCCCAGUUAACACAGUGCAGUGGUGUCCUGUUCCUCAUCUCAGUCACCUGCUGCUGUCUGCCUCCAUGGACAAAACAUUCAAGGUGUGGGAUGGAGCAGAAAGUGGACGGUGCCUCAGGCUUUACACCUGCCACUCGGGAGCCGUGCGUGACGCCUGUUGGACCCCCUGUGGGCGACAGCUCCUCACCGGCUCAUUUGACAACACGGCUGUGAUCACUGACGUGGAGACAGGGCAGCAGGUGGUAAAACUGGACAACCAGUUUAAGGUGAUGUGUGUGGCCCUGCACCCCAGCAGCCCAGAUGUUUUCCUGUGUGGGGGUUACAGCCCGGAGGUCAAAGCCUGGGACUCUCGCUGCUGUAAGGUGGUGAAAGUGUACAAAGCAGGGAUUCAGCAAACCUUAGAUAUCCUUUUUCUGCYAGGUGGGGAGGACUUCAUAACGACCACGGACUGUGUUAGCAGGGACUCUGCAGACCGGACCCUCAUCGCCUGGGACUACCAGACCACAGCCAAGGUUUCCAACCAGAUUUACCAUGAGCGUUACACGUGUCCGAGCUUGGCUCUCCAUCCACAGGAGAACUCAUUUGUUGCCCAGACCAAUGGGAACUACAUGGCUCUYUUCUGCUCCCAAAAGCCCUACAGGAUGAACAAGAGGCGGCGAUUCGAAGGACAUAAGGUGGAGGGAUUUGCUGUGCAGUGUGAUUUCUCUCUGGAUGGGACGAUCCUGGCCUCAGGGAGCUCCARGGGUUUCGCUCACUUCUACGACUUCCACUACGCUCGCACGCUGCACUCGUUCCAGGCUCACAGCCAGCCCUGCCUUUGCGUUUCACAGCACCCCGUCCUCCCGGCGACCGCCGCCACCUGCGACUGGGCAGGCCAAAUCAAGAUCUGGCACUGACGGACGAAUAUGAAGAAGUCAAAAUCCAUUUGGGGCCAAACCGUCACAUAAAAGACUAAACUGAACUGAAAACCUUUGCACAGACUGCAAGAGAUCAAAAGAUUUACUGCUGUGAUUUUAAGCUGCGAAAGCCACACACAUGUUUUGUGAACCUUCUAUGAAAAAUACAGACGUAGCAAUUUUUAAAUUUUUGUAAAAACAAAAGGGGAGAAAAAUAAAAAAAAUUCAGGACA